GCACAAUUUCUAAAUAUUUAACUGGCAACUCAAAUUGGAGGUCAGUAAAUAGGAGGACACUCACGUUCCUUAGGAGAAGAAACUAGACUCUAUAAUCUAGAAUGUUGACCAAAAUAACACCACUGCUUAGGAUCGCACCUCGCAUCCAACAAGCUCGUAUGAGCCAUGGAGUCCCUGCACACUGGAAAACCAUGCGUCAGAUAUGUGAAGAGAACAAGAAUCACAUGAACUUUUUACCAGUCCCUGAAGGCUCAUGGUCUCAAGCUUAUAAAGCAAAGAAUGCCAAGAUCAACCUGUAUUUACUUUCGUCUGCACUAGCCUUCAUCGCUACAUUUGGAUAUCUGUACAAAAAUGGUUUCAUGUACCUACAUUCAGCACCUCCAAUGUACAACAGCAAGCCACAAUAAUUUAUAAAGUACAUUAAAUUAAAGUUAUCAAGUAAUUUUUUCCUCACUGUAGUGAAAAUAUUUUAUUUUAUUACAAGCCCAGGGAACUUAUUUUUGCCAUGCAUAUCUUUUUGUUUCUACUGUUAUAAAACACAUUGAUCCUUAUAUUUGAUCAAUAAUUCCAGUGUUAGCAGUGGCAGAAAAAUAUUGAAUAAUUUUGUGAUGUUAAAAAUGACUCUCCCAGAGCUUAGUUAAAAAAGAUUUGCUAGCUUUAAUGUUCUUAUAGCUUUCAAAAGUUAAAUAAAUGCAUCAGAAAUUUAGCGUGGAAAUUGUUGAAAGUGUAGUUAUGUUGAGUUUUAAUAUUGUAAUAAACUUUUUGAACUUAA